ACACGCCAUUUUUACAAUAAGGAGACAAGAGUUGAGAUUUUCGACUGACGCUUUGAAUAAGUUUAGGGAGUGCAAGUACUAAAAAAAAGUCUUCUUUUUUUCAAGCAAAGAAUUAGCUUAGACGUAUUAAUCAUGGAUCGUGGUGGUUAUGGUGGAGGCGGCGGCGGUGGCGGUGGAGCCGGACAGUAUAAUAAUUUUGCUGUUCCUCCGCCAAAUUAUCAACAAAUGCCAAAUAAAACUGGUAACUAUAAUGAGCCCCCUCCAAAUUAUAGCAAGCCGGGUGGAGGUUAUGAUUCCGGCCAUCGUGGCGGCGGCGGCGGCGGUGGCGGAGGCGGUUCAUGGAACGAUAGAGGAGGCAAUUCUUAUGGAAAUGGAGGCGCCAGCAAGGACAACUACAACAAAGGAUACGGUGGCAGCAGCGGCGGCGGCGGCGGCGGUGGUAGUCUUGGAGGUGGUGGCGGCGGCGGCAGCGGUGGCAACGAUAUGAUCACACAAGAGGACACAAUUUUUGUUUCCGGCAUGGAUCCAUCCACAACCGAGCAGGACAUCGAGACUCACUUCGGGGCCAUUGGCAUCAUCAAGAAAGACAAGCGCACCAUGAAACCAAAGAUUUGGUUGUACAAGAAUAAGGACACCGGCGCUUCCAAGGGCGAGGCCACUGUCACAUACGAUGAUGUGAAUGCGGCUCAGUCGGCCAUUCAGUGGUUUGAUGGCAAUGAUUUUAACGGCAGCAACAUCAAAGUCUCAUUGGCUCAGCGCCAGAACAACUGGAACAAAGGCGGUGGAGGCGGUGGUCGUGGUGGUUUCGGUGGACGCAGUCGUGGCGGUGGCGGCGGUGGUGGAGGCGGUGGUGGUCGCUUUGAUCGCGGUGGCGGCGGCGGCGGCGGUGGAGAUUAUGACCGUGGCAGUGGCGGCGGCGGCGGCGGUGGUCGCGGUGGCGGUGGUGGUCGCUUUGGUGGCGGCGGCGGUGGCGGUGGUGCUGGCGCCGGCGGUGGCAACGUGCAACCCCGUGAUGGUGACUGGAAAUGCAGCAGCUGCAACAACACCAACUUUGCUUGGCGCAACGAGUGCAAUCGCUGCAAGACACCGAAAGGUGAUGAUGAUGGCAACGCCGGCAGCAGUGGCUUUGGCGGAGGUGGAGGCGGCGGCGGCGGCGGCUAUGGCGGCAUGAAUGACCGCAACAACGAUCGCGGCUCGGGCGGCGGUGGUGGCUACCAAAAUAGAGAUCGUGGCGGUGGUGGUGGAUAUUCACGAUAUGGCAAUGAUAACGGUGGCGGCGGCGGUGGCGGCGGACGUGGUCGCGGCGGAGGCGGCGGUGGCCGGCGUGAUGGUGGCGGCGCUAUGCGCAACGACAGCGGCAUGCGUUCCAGACCGUAUUAAACGGUGGCAUGCAAAGGAAAACGCAAACUAUUUUUUCUAACUUACGUAUUAAUUACAUAGCAAGUACUCUCUUUAAAAACGUAAUAGAUACAUACAAAUAAAAAAUCAAUAAAAUAUUUA